AUGGGCCCGAAGCGGCCCAAGACCGGCGGGGUCGCCUCGGCAGGGGCCGUGGUCAAGAGCUGGGAGGCCGCGCUGGUGUCCGCCCACCUCGAGGAGGAUGACUGGAAGCCUAGCAUCGCUUUCGUUGUUGGGACCAAAACUGAGGAUGAAAUCCACACCAAGGCCCUGUCUCUUGCUGUGCAGGUGCCACAGCGGAAGCUCUUCAGCGUGGUAACGCAUGAAGACAUUUUCAGACAGAUCAGAGAAUCUGGAAAUCAAAAGGGAAAAAAGGUUAAGGAUGUGCCUAUGUACUAUGAGGUGAUAGAAGUAGCCAAAGCCAUUCUGGACAGUGGUGAAGAAAUUCCUGUAACACUAACUGGAAAGCUGUUGAAAUUUCAACUGCUUUGUCUCAAACAGAAGGACCUUCAGAGAAGAGAAGCUGAAAAGAAGGCAGAAGAGCAACAAAAGGAAAAAGACGGAGGGAAAGAGAAAGCUAAACCUCCUGGCAAGAAGGAGAACCUCCCUAGUGCCAAGACAGCUGAGAAAGAAAGGAAAGGAAAAAAGACAGAAGUAGGCCCUCUAGCACCAGUCACUGUUAAAAAGGACACCCAGCUGAAGCGACGGGGAAUAGUGGAAGAGGAAGACAAAUACAUUGAUGAUGAACCAGAUGAUGGUGCCCAUCAUUACUUUAUAAUUUUGGGUUUCUACAGCCCUCAGCUGUUGCCUGUGAUGUCUGAGCUUGGGAUUAACAUUUCAAGUGUAAUUAGAAUUUCUUCUGAGAAUUAUAAGCCGUUGCAGACAUACUUGGAAGCAACUAAACUUCAAGGAGAAUCUUUACUUUCACCUGAAGUUGUAGAAGCAGAGAAAAGAAAGAAAGAUGAAGCUACCAAAGACCUGGAAACAUUUUGGAAAUACCUGGAGCCAGUUCUGAACAGUGGAAAGCAUGGAUCAAGUCUCUUUGAUGUUGCCAGACUUCAUCAUCUAGUUAAGGAGAGUGCCUUUCCCCCUGAUUGGUCUGACAGAGAAAUGCUGCUUGCAUUUGGCACUGCGCUGUUUGAAAGCAUUGCUUGUUUAAUGUAUGACUGCCUGGACUGGAGAAGACAGCAUUGUAACUACUUGGAAAACACCAAGUUUAUUAAUGUGCCUGCAUUAUCAGAGAGCAAAUCAACACAACAACCUGUAACUGAGGUACAACCAGCAUCACAGAUUACACUUUCAAAGAAAAAAGGGCAAGCAGAAGAAAUUCAGCCAACAGUAAUUUUGUCACAGGAGGAAGAAGCUUCUUUUUUGGCUACUUCUGUGGACAUGAGGUAUUACAAUGACUUGCUGAGUCAGAUUCCUGAGGAAUACUUUUCUGUACCCGUAAUGCUGAACUGCAUGUUGGAACAGGUUAUUGCAAGUGAAGAAGACCUUACACCACCUAGUCUGGUGGUACCAGAGCCUCGGGCAGAUGGGCUACAUCAUACCAUUGCAGAUCAUAUAGCCUCUGUCCUUCCUUCUCUUUCACUUUCUGAGAGUGAAAAAAAGAAUCUAUAUGACUACUUUUCUCGUAAAUACAGUGAAAAAAAGACUGUCACCCCCAAGUACCCUCUCUUAUUUAACUACCAUGAUACCCUGGCUCAGCGGUUGCACCUGCUGAAGGUCCAGGAGAACUUAAAUCCAGAAAAGAUUGAACAUGAAAUGAUGGAUAGACUGCCUCUUACAGAACUUAUCCAUUUCACCCUUCCUUCAACUGAAGAGAACACUAAACGCUUGGCCAGAGUUCACGAGCUCAUGCAUUAUUGUACCAGUGAACUUCUGAGUUGGGCUGAAGUAGAAAGAGCCUUCAGAGUGUUUACUUUUGAAAGCCUGAGGCUGACUGGGCUGAGUGACUCUGGUCUCCUGGAGAGCUCUGGAUCUAUGGUUGGAGGUGAUUCUGAAGUGUCUUAUAUCCCUUGGGAUAAUCCAGCCAGGUUUGCAAGACAGCUGAGACAACUCUUCCUUGUGGAAAAGAAACUCACUGGGAAAUCUCCAGAAGGCUCUGGACAUACAGAAACAAAUGGCAAAGAUGGAAGAGAAGGCCUGGCUGAUCAUGUUUUGAACAAAGAAUUGGAUCUUCUUAUUUCUGAUAUGGUGAGUCCGGAAAAUUAUGGCCUAGGACCAAACUCAGAAGAAAUAAAAAAGACACAGAGACGUUGUUUGACAGACUGGAGUUUUGCUGAGCAUUUUCAACCCCAUGUUCUUCUUCAGGUUCUUCAUACUGCAUCCCAAGAAUACAGAUGUAUUGAUUCCUUUUAUCAUACCCAAGAUAACUCUUUGCUAAUGGUUCUUCACAAUCCUAUGAAUCAGUAUCGUUUGUGCCAAGAGACCUGGGAUAUUGCAUUGCACUCUAAUGUUGGAUUCAGGAACUAUCUUGAGCUGGUGGCCAACUCAAUUGAAGACUGGGUGAAAGAGGAAGAAGUCAAAUACCAAGAAGAGAAGAUGGCUAAGGAAAUAGACUCUCUUAAACUGGAAAAAGCCAUGGCAGAAGGAUCUUUUGAAUUGUCUGCAUGUGCUGUCAAAAAAACUGGCUUCCCUAAGAAAGCCAAAAGCAGCAUAUCAGGAUCUGAGAGCAUAAUGGAGACCAUUCCAGAAUCUCAAUCCAACAAUGAAAAAAGUCCUUUUGUCAGAGAAGGCUCUCUAAAGGCUUGGAAGGAGGAGCAGGACCGAUUACUAGAGGAAGAACAACUUAAGGAAGAAAAAAAAGGAAAAAAAGAAAAUUUGGGCGGUAAAAAGAAAGGACAGGAGAUAAUAAUACAUGAAGAAAGUACAGGUUCCAACAAGAAAUCUUCCAAAGAGAAGUUUGAAGAUGAGCCAGCAAAAGCCCCUGAACUUGAGGAGGAUCCAAACAUCCCAGAACCACAUUCUGAGAAGGUUUAUAAGUUUCUCGGCUACAAUACAGGGGAGGAUCUCAUUCAAGUAUCAGGAACAAAUCAAUAUCUUUUCCCAUCUGAUGGAGGACAGAUUCAAGUAGAGAAGACAGAGUUUGUAAAAGGUCUAACUUUGGUAAAGGUGAAAGUGAUAAAAGACAACCACAAUUUCUUCAUUCAUAUUACAGACCCCAAGAAAAACUUAAAAGAAAUUGAAGUGCAAGAAAUUAAUGAGGAACAGAAAAUUAGAUCAGGAAGAUUGAAAAAUCAAAAGAAGGCUGUGAGCAAGUUUGGAUCUUUUUCAGCCACCUUGGAAAAUGGAAUCCAGCUGUCCCUGAGCUAUUAUGGACCUACAGGGAAGACAGCAGAUGAUGAAACAGAUCCUGUCUUAGCAAGAAUUAUGAACAUCCCUUCUGUUCAUAUUCCGACCAUAAUUUCUCCUGUUACCUCAGCUUCAGGAAAAAAAGAUAAGUGCAUCAAACAAAAAUCAGGAAAAUCUCUGCCAUCUACAAAAGCAAGCCGUAGCAAAAUAGGCCCUCCACCACCUGAUGACCUGGUAAAGCAAGAAGAAGGAAAGAUGGAAAUGGAAGAAUCAGCUUCCCAAACACAAGUGAUGUCAAAUGCUCUUGCUUUCCCAAGUUUGAACGUCUCCUGUCCCAAUGGACUAGUAUUAACUUUCCUUGGUGAAAGUUUUGGAGAUUUGAAAGGUGAAGCCACUACAGCUGAAGCUGAGAAAGAGGUGGUAAAGGAAAGUGAGGCCAAAGCCAAGGAAGAGGAGGCUGAGAAAGGUGAGGCCAAAGCAAAUGAUGUAAAGGAGGAAGAGGUUAUGGAAAGUGGAGAGAAGGAACAUGAGGUUACAGAAGGUGAAAUAAAGCAUGAAGACACCAAAAGAGAACAGGCCAAGCAGCCUACUCUGGAAAUUCUGGUUAGGCAGAGUUAUCCCCAACAGGUAAAGAACUCUCAUCUAUAUACACCUGUGGCAAGGCAAACAGAACAAGAGGUGUCAAGAGUCAUCACCAGUCAAGGAACUGUCAUAAAGUACAUGAUGGAUGGAUCUACCCAGAUUCUGUUUGCUGAUGGCACAGUGAGUAGGAGUCCUGAUUCUGGCCCUGUCCUACCACCACCUACAAUUCCAGAUAACAUGCAACCAUUACCAGAAUCAGAGCCUUCACCUGAGACCAGCACUAAGAAAGCAAAAGGCAGUGACAGAAACAGUAUAUCGCACCCAAACAAGGACGAGUUGUUUGAAAAUACUGUGCAGAGUCUGGUUAAUUCUGAGCAACCUAAGGAGAACAAGGCAGGAACCUGGAUAACAACAACUCCAUCAGGCAUUCGAGUGGGCACUGAGGGAGCAAAGAGAAUGGAUCUGAAGCCACUCUUAAUGUAUCAGGCAACUGACCCAGCUGAUGGAACGGUUAUGACUGUACGAGAUGAUGAAGUGAUAAUUGUUGAGAAGCUGGAUGGCAGCAGAAUAGUAGAUCAUGCUGAUGGUACUAGGAUCAAGACUUUUUAUCAAAACUGUGAAGAAAUUUUAGUACCAGAGGAUAGUGAGGAAACAGAUGAACCCUCAGAAGCCGUCACAAGGAAGGUGAAAUGUAUGCAAGUAGAGAAUCCUGAGUUUGCUACUGUUAUAACAAAUUGUGAGGACGGUACCUGUACUACCGUCUUUGGAGAUGGGACCUCUAUUAUAGCAAAGCCACAGGGAACAUAUCAGGUUUUACCCAUCAAGACAGGCUCUCUUUUCAUUGAUGAAGAUUGCUCAGCAGUUUAUACCCAUGAAGUUUACAAUUUCAUCAGCAAGAAAGAAGAGAAACAAGCAGGGAGAUACAUUAUGAAACACAAUUCCAGCACUAUUUGUGAGAUGAUGGAUCCUGAAGGAAAUCUUUUUAAGGUCAUGGCUGAUGGCAGCACAUCUGUGUGUGUUCCUAGCAUUGGCUCUGAUGACAAGGAAGACAGAAGUUCAGCAUCAGCACUCCCAGAAGUUAACAAACCUAUCACUUAUGAUGAGCAUGUCCCCAGGUUCUUCAUCGUCUACGCGGAUGGUUCUGGAACCGAGCUCCUGCGGAGCAGGGACGUACACAAAUAUCUUGCUGAAGCCUGUAGUGAUCCCGCUGCUGCUGUUUUGCAGGAUCCUGUACAAGAACAUCCAGGUGUUUUAAGUAUUACUGUCCUCCGCCCUUUGGCUGAAGCGUCCCCCUGGGUAAUCAAGAAAGAACCAGAGAGUAUUGUUCCUCCAAAUCUUCAGUCAAGGACCUGGGACACGUUUUCUCCUCUUGAGAGGAAGACCACAAGUCCCUCAGUCAGAACACGUAUUUGGAGAGGUCUCUGCAUUGGAUCCAAAGAGCAGACAUGCUUGCCAGUACCUGUGCGAAAAUGUCCUAAUAAACUGCAAAUCCGUCAGCUAUUCCAGUAUGAGCCACUCAGUGAUGAACUAAGAGAAAAGCUGCAGCUUUCCCUUAAGGAAUAUAUAGACAACAUUUUAAAGCAGGAAAAUGAGCUGGAAGACAUGAAUGUAAAAGAACCAAGAACAGAAGAGGAAAAGGAGAAUGCUGCAACUCUCCUUGAACUGGUUACAUCCUUCCCUAACUGGGAGAAGUCAACUGAAAAUCUCAGUGAUAGAGCUCACAUAACUGAGCUGUACGAACAGGCAGUGGCGUCUCAUCGCCAGUGUCACACAGAGAAGACAAUCGCUACACAAAGAGAGGACCAACGGCAGAGGUUCAGCCCAGAAGGAGUAACACCAGUGUCCAAGUGGCAGAGCAGACUAGAAGAGCACAGGAAAGAACUUGAUGAAGAAAAGAAGUCCUUAAUGGCAAUAAGAAACAAAGUCAUUCCUCCAUAUUUUCAAUCAGAAUUUGGCAAGGAGUUUUUCCAAAAAAAGUUUCCUGAUGUGGAAGCACUGUCUAUGGAACUUCCUCCAGUUCAAAAAAAAGAAAGUGGGAAUUACCCUCUAGAGACAAUCAAAAAACCCAGUAGAGCAUCUGAAUGUCUCAAUACUGUGAGUGAUUCCUCACCUUCACCUGGUCUUCUGCUGCAGGCUUAUUCCAAACAAAAUGAAGGUUCCAGCAGCACAACAGACUUAAACAAGGCUGCAAGAUCACAAGAGACACCCUUUCAACAUAAAGUUCACAGUCUGCUGGUGAAUGCUGCAGGACAGCCAAGAAGAGAGAAAGUGAAAUUACCAUCAUCCCUUCAGGGGAGAAAACCAAACUCCAUACCAAAUAAAAAGAUAGAAGAUCCUGUCGCAGGAAAGGUCAACACAUCUUCUCUUGCAACAAGACAGCAUCUUAGUGGCUUCCAUCUCAUUCCACCCAGAGUGAUGCUUGGAGUGCUAAAGGAAGGCUGCACCUAUGCAGCCACUGUGAUCCUGAAGAAUGUUGGUGUGAACUUCUCAAGGUUUCGGGUGAAGCAACCACCUCCGCACACAGGACUGAGAGUGAUGUACACACCAGGACCUGUGGCAGCAGGCUUGCAGGUUGAACUGGAGAUAGAGAUUUUUGCCACGAUAAUUGGAGGGGAAGAUACUGGUGGCCUUGAAGAAAUUUCCUAUGAUAUUGAAAUAUUAACAGAAACAGAGACUCUUCUUCUGCCUGUGAGAGCAACUGUGUUAACCAAUGACAUUUAUGAGUGCCGCCCACAAGGAUACCCCCAGGGUGGGAUGGCAGCGACAGUCCGGGCGGUUCCUACAAGCCCCAAGCCGCGGUUCCGGAUUACACUACCCCGAAAGCUUUCUAGUUAAUGUCAGAGCCCUAGAAGAAUAACAUGAAGAUCAGCAAUACUGAAAUACCCAGAUUUUAGUCCAACAUUAUGGGAACAUCCCAAUGUAGGCUUUUUCAUUUAUUUAAUCAGAUUAACGUGAAUAAAUAUUGUG